GGAAAGCAGUGGAAUUGAAACAGCCGAGUUCAUUCGAGCAUGUUCCAAAGAAAGCCCUGUGAGACCUUCCCGCAUAGGCGUUGAAGAAAUGCAGCAAGACGACGAUGUCGUGCACGGAAAGAUGCAGAGCGGUUGAUGGCAUGGCAGGUGACUGGUGGAAGCCCAGUGGAAGAGAAGCAAGCACUACAAGCUUGUUAUGCCUCACACGAGUGGACGCCUCCCCAGCCUCUGUCUGUUGUCAUCUGCCAAAUUCUCCUCGGAGAAUAGGUAUCCGUUGAUAGAGAAACCUCCACUUUUACCCGCUGCCAUGGUCCUGUCACCGCUGUGAGGACUGAGGAUGGUGUGAGGAUUUGUUUGUACGUCGAUACGAAGGCUGAAAACUCCAGAGAUGGGAGCAUGAAUCGAAUGUUGAGGACCGUUUGGUUCCGCUCCCUCGAAGUGUUGGUUUUGCUUGUGUACGGUUCUGAUGUCAAAAGAGCUGCCAAGCUUACUUUGCUUCUACCGCUUGGCGUUUGCUUGUCUUUCCGAGUGUUUCUCCUGCAAAGCCGUUACUAAUUGAUGGUUACACAACAUUGUUGAGGCUCGGGGUGUUCUUGGCUAUCUCUAGUUCGUAGGUUGCAAAACCCGGGCCAGUCAAGACAAGAUGGGUUGCUGCAUGGAGUAAAAACACGGGCUUGGCAUCGCCAAUGGUUGAUGGCUGCGGCGGCAUGCUACCCUCCUCGGCUCUGACAACCUGCCACUUCCCACCCGAGCUAUUGACGCCUCUUCCGGGGAGAAAAGGUGGAAGUGUAUACAGAAGAAUAUCGCUCAAUACCGAAAUCUAAGUACCCCAUUCCUUCGAAUCGGCCACUGCUUUCUGCCGUUUUCCCUACCCAUGACGUCCAAGAAGGCAAUCGGAACUGCUGGCUGCAUAGUGUGGAGACUGGGGAAUUCUAUUUGCGGUAACAAGAUGUUGCAAGUGCCCGUAUGGUACGUAGCUCUCGCAGUGUCCCUCGUGUCAUGGGUGGUGACUGACUGGUGGAUCUCCGCACCCAACCACCACCAAGUUACACCAGCACGAUGCCGUUUAGUCCGUUCUUUCCAUUUCUGGGGUGCUAAUGUUGUGUCCGUGAACGAGAAGAAGGAGCUACACGGAGCUACACUAGAAGGGAGGGAUCUUCGGGGUGCAUAUAAGGGUCCUACUCCCUCCUUCUGAGACAUUGAGUCUUGCAUUCCACAUCAGCAUCCAGCUUCAGCCUCCAUCUACAACAACAACAACCACUACUACUACUAUUAUACCUUAAUACCACCAAGUCUUCUUGGAUAAUACUAUAAUCACCAACCCAUCACAUCACAUCCCAUAUCCAUCCCAAAAUGCAGCUCUCCAAGAUCCUCAGCCUUUUCACCCUGGCCACCGCCGCCUCUGCUACCACCGUCUCCUACGACACGGGCUACGACGACCCCAACCGCUCCCUCACCGUCGUCUCGUGCUCAGACGGCUCCAACGGCCUCAUCACCAAGUACCACUGGAACUUCCAGAACCAAGUCAAGAACUUCCCCUACAUCGGCGGCGUCGAGGCCGUGGCCGGCUGGAACUCGCCCAACUGCGGCACCUGCUGGUCCGUCACGUACAACGGCAAGACGAUCAACAUUCUGGCGAUUGACCAUGCCGGCGCGGGCGUCAACUUGAGCAAGAAGGCGAUGAAUGAGUUGACGGGCGGCAACGCCGAGCAGUUUGGCCGUGUGGAUGCGCAGGUUCAGCAGGUGGCGUUGAGCGCUUGUGGGCUUUAGGGGAUUGAAGCAAGGAGUGUGAGGGAUGGAGAGGAAAAGGAGGAUUCCAAUUCCAACUUGACGUAGGAGGUGAAGUUUGGGAAGUGGGUGGCGGGAUGGUGGAAGGAGCUGUUUGGAUGUGAUAUGCCUCGAGCACACCACCAGGUGCAGGUGCAGCAGGGAAAGGAAAAUGGCAUAACAGAAGGGGGAUCACCGAAGAGUGGCGGAGGUGCCUCUAAUGAGUCCUUUGCGAAGAUGAUGUUUGUGGACGUCACUGUGGGGACGUGGGACGAGUUUUUUGUUAAGUCGGCGGUCUUAACGAUGGCGUUUUUGCUGGUGGUGCGGAUUGGGCAGAUUACGGAUUAUCAUCGUUAAUUCUGGUGUAUUAUGGUUAAUGAAUGAAUGGUUAUUACUUAUGUUACUUAGUCACUUUUGUUCAU